AUGGGUGAGAUGAUGCUUCAUGAAAACCAAGUUUACAGGGACGUAAAUUACAAUGAUUACUUCAACUACCAGAGUUUUAUGGAAAAUCCUCUACCGACGAUGCAAGCCCCAAAUUACACUCAAUAUUCUGUGAAGAAUCUGCUGAAUUUGGUGGACGAUGCUCACAGAAAGGAUUCGUCUUUCGAUUUACCAGCUAUAACGGACCAAUGGAUUCCUCCAGCUCUUCAUCAGCCAUUGCCUGUUGGUAUGAAACAAAAUUUUGGUCCACAGUGGCACAAUUUUGUAGCAGACGAAAGAGCAAAGACUAUUCCAAAUUUUCCAAAAGAAAUUAGGCCAGUUUUUACCGAUGCCUCUCUUG